AUGUUCUCCACCCAGAUUUCUGAUGAAAACCUGCCCUCUGCGGCCUACCCUGCAACUUGGAACCAAGGGAAAAGUGGAGGGGUCCGUGCCCCUCCCCCGUCGCUCCCUUCUCUGUUCCUGGGAUUUGGGAACAAGGCCUGGGAGAGGGAUGGGCUGGGAGAGCCAGGCAGGGGAUGGGGAGGUGGACACGAGGCCCACCCUCCAGCUCAUGCCUUCCUGUGUGCCAACGUCUUCCAUCUGCAGGAUGCUGGGGAUCCAAGUGUCUCAGCCCAAAGGGAGGCGAGGCUAAUGGGGGCCUGCCAGGCACGGAGGCAGGCCAAGCUACCAUCCUUUGAUAGAUUGCUCGAUGAAGCGCUGCUCAAUGCCUCUUGUCAGUCUCCUGGAUACAAGGCCUAUUCCCCUGGAGAAGAGCAGCAGAACAUUUUGUGGGGCCGGACCGGGCUGUGCAGGGGAGGGGCGGGGAGGAGAGGGGCGGGGCCGGCGCAGCCUCCCACUCCCUCCUCGAGUCGUAGAGGAGCUCAGGGCUGCGGCGGCGGUAGCAACAGCAGCAGCGGCAGUGGCAGCAGCAGCGCCCCAGCAGAAGUAGCAGCAGCUCCAGCCGCGUGCCGGGCUUCCUCCGCGUGCCUUCGCGCCCGUCCGUUAGUCCGUCUCCCCUCUCCGUCCUCAGCCCGCGUGUACGGGGCCGUGCGGCCCCCCGCCGCCCGCGCCACCCUGAAGUUCCUGGCCGUGCUGCUGGCCGCGGGCAUGCUGGCCUUCCUCGGUGCCAUCGUGUGCAUCAUCGCCAGCGUGCACCCGGCGGCCAGCCCGGCUCGGGCGCCCUCCGGGACCGCCGCCGACAACGACUCCAGCGCCGGGGCCGCGGCGCUGCUGCCCCCCGGGCCGGAGCAGAGCCUGAGCGCGCUGCACGGGCCCGGCGGCUCGGCCGGGCCCCACGAGCUCCCCCUGCCCGGCGGCGGCGGCGGUGGUGGCGGUGGCGGCGAGCUGCUGGCCAGCGCCCGGCCCCUGCAGCACCCGCUGCUCUUCAGCCGCUUCCUGUGCACCCCUCUGGCCACCGAGUGCCCGACGGCGUCGGACGGGGCCGCGGUGCAGGGCGACGGGCCGGGCUCGGGCCAGCAGCAGCAGCGGCAGCGCGAGGAAGAGCUACUGGCCCUGCAGACCACGGCGGAGCAGCUGCGGCAGACCGCGCUGCAGCAGAAGGCGCGCAUCCGAGCCGACCAGGAAGCCAUCCGCGAGCUCACCGGCAAGCUGGGCCGCUGCGAGAGCGGCCUGCAGCUCCCCUUCCAGGACGCGGGGCCCUCGGGCCGCCAGGACACCAUGAGCGACGGGCCCGCCUGGGACUCCCCUGCCGUGGUCCGGGAGCUGGAGGAGGCCGUGCGCGCCCUCAAGGAGAGGAUCGAGAAGAUCGAGCAGGAGCUACCAGUCCAUGUGAACAUUUCAGCCACCACAGCCCGUCCCCUCCCGGCUCAGGACCCCCUCCACACCCAGAUGGAGACCCUCGAGGCUCAGCUUCUGUCCAAGGUCAUGGCCCUGGAGAAGGAGCGCUCAUCCCUGAGCAGCAGCAACCACAAGCAGCAGCAGGCAGUAGAGAAGGAGCUGAGCGCCUUGCAGGACCGGGUGUCGGAGCUGGAGCACGGAGCAUCAGCCUACACCCCCCCAGAUGCCUUCAAGAUCAACAUCCCAGUGAAGAACAAUUACAUGUAUGCCCGAGUGCGUAGGACCCUGCCGGAGCUGUACUCCUUCACUGUCUGCAUGUGGCUGAAGUCCAAGUCUGGAGGGAUGGGGAUAGGGACGCCCUUCUCCUACUCAGUGCCAGGCCAGUCUAAUGAGAUGGUGCUGCUGGAGGCGGGGCAUGACCCCAUGGAACUGCUCAUCAAUGACAAGGUGGCCCAACUACCACUGAAUCUGAAGGAUGGGCGUUGGCACCACAUCUGCAUUGCAUGGACCACGAGGGAUGGCCUGUGGUCAGCCUACCAGGAUGGCCAGCUGCGUGGCUCUAGUGAUAACCUGGCUGCUUGGCAUCCCAUUAAACCCCAUGGGGUCAUCAUCCUGGGUCAGGAACAGGACACACUGGGAGGCCGAUUUGAUGCCACACAGGCUUUUGUGGGUGAGAUUGCUCAGUUCAACCUGUGGGACCACAUCCUGACACCGGCGCAGAUCCUGGGCAUUGCCAACUGCACCUCUCCCCUAUCGGGCAACAUCAUCCCCUGGAGUGACAAGCUGGUAGAAGCUUUCGGGGGUGCAACCAAGAUGGCUUUUGACUCCUGCAAGAGCAAAACCAAGGCCAAGGCCAAAGCGUGAGGCCUGGAGGAGGGCCCGUAGUCCCAGCCUCCCCUCCUCCUUCCUAGGCCAUUCCCCAGAGGAGCACGGAGCGGGCAGCAUCCCUUCCCUUCAUCCCCCUUCCCCCUUCCCUGCUAGACUCUGGACAUCAUCCCUUCCCCUCCUCUCCCUCCCCACUCUACCACUUUCUCCAGGUAAUGAGGACAGAUGUCUGGUGGUACUGAGCAGCUGUGGCUUGUUCUGUCAAGUGUAGGGUGAGUCCUGGGGGAAAGGGGGGGCAGGAGGAGGGCAACUGAAGCUUGGCAAUGCCCAUUCAUCCUGGGCACAUCUCUAACUCUCUCUACUCUAGGGUGCAAUAAUUAACAACUGACCAGAAUGGAUGCUUAGAACAGAUCAUAACUAAAGGGAAUUUAGAGUCCAUCUACUACAAUCUUCCUUUUUUUACAAAUGGAGAAACUGAGGCCCAGAACAUUUAAGUGACUUGCUUGAACUCUAACAAAAGCAUAGAUGUAGAGAUGGAAGGGACAUUAGGGUGAUGGACUCCGAUUUUUUCAUUUUACAGAUGGGGAAACUGAGGCCCAAACAGUGUAAGUGACUUGCCCAAGUUCACACCUCUGACAAAAUCAGAGGUCUUAAGAUCAUGGAGCUGCUAGAUGGCACUGUGGAUAGAGGACUGGGCCUAGAGUUAGGAAGACCUGAGUUCAAAUCUGGCCUCAGAUACUUGCUGUGUGACCCUGAAUAAGUCACUUAACCCUGUUUUGCCUCAGUUUCCUCAUCUGUUAAAUGAUCUGGAGAAGGAAAUGGCAAACCCCUUCAGUAUCUUUCACAAGAAAACCUCAAAUGGAAUCACAGAGAAUCGGACACGAUUGAAAUGACUGAACAGCAACAGGGUCAUAGAUUCAGAUCUAAAUUGACUUUAAGGUCUGGUCCAAACCCUGCAUUUGACAGAUGGAAUCUGUGAACUCUAUAGGUUAAGUUACUGCCCACAUUGUAACUGGCAAAGGCAGAGUUUGAACCCCAGUCUUCUCUGACUCCAAAUCUAUCGGCCUCUCCUAUGGUACAGUACCACACUGCCCCCCUCCUCUGGUCCUCCAUUCAUCUGUCAUCAUCCCUAUCACAAAGGCCUCAUCAGGCGGCAUCUAGGCAUCACCAGAUGUACGGGGCAGGGGCUGUUGCCCCGAGCACUGAAGGGCCCAUCCCCUCCCAUCCCACUGUUCUGAAGGGGCUCGUUCCCAAGAGCUCCCCUGAGCACUGCCAACAGAUGUGGCCUCCCACUGCACCUAGCAUUUACAGGAAUAGGCAUUGGUGCCUCAAGUGCCCUGGUGCCCAGGGCUUUUCUGUAACUUUGGCCAACUCCCUUUCCUUUCUGGACCCAUCCUGGGCAGAUUUGCCUUCUUACCAGAUCAUAACUCUAAAGGAUUUCAAGCAUCAUUCAGCUCUCGGGUCAGAGCUUGGGGGAGUGGGAAUCUCUGUUCCCUUUCUAGUGCCCCUGAAAUCACAGAAGUAAGCAUUGAUCUGCUCCAUCUCUGACUCAUCUGUGAGGCAUCCUUCAAUCUCCUGAGCCACCACAUAUCCCAGGCUGCCACAGAGGGUCUUAGACCAGACAGAGGUCAAAAGGCAGCAUCCUGAGGUCCAGGUUCGGGACCUAGCCCAGCCAGGGUCCACAGGGAUUUCUGGACACAGCCUCAUGUCCUGCCUGUCUUAUGGGAAGUCCAUCUUGAGCCAAAGAGGGCAUGGGCAUUUGCCUAAUGUUGGGCUUGAACCUCUCCUAAGUGAAGAGCUCAUUUGUCACUUUCCUUCAUUUAAAUAACCAAGAUGUAAGCUGCCUCAGGCCUUAGACUAUCUAUCUAUCUAUCUAUCUAUCUAUCUAUCUAUCUAUCUAUCUAUCUAUCUAUCUAUCUAUCUAUUCUAAGUAUUAAGUGCCUAUUAGGUGCCAGAGUAGAUGACAUCCCCCUUAUUUACAUAGCAGGAAACGGGUUCAGUGGGAGGAAGCUACUUUAGCAAGGAUGUACUAGGCAAAAAUAAUUACAGAGCAAUGAGAAGGCUAAAGGUCACCCUCCUUUGAGGUCAAAUACUCUGUAAAGUAGUGUGGGCAUCGACUCUCUGAUUCUUAGCACCUGGGGCUCUUGAAAUGUUAACCAGAAAGAAGGACCAGUAAAUCUGGCACUGGUUUGAUCAUCCUAAGGAAAGCAGGGCAUUUGUGAUUCUGUUGUCAGUUGGCACGACCUUGCAGAGUUUGCCAUUAUCAUCAUCAUUUCUCUCAACAAAAUGAUCUAAGAACAUUUCAGAAAGGGACAGGAUUCUUUCAGUUGACAUCAUCAGGGAAAGCUUCAUGGAGGAGGCAGUACCUGAGAUAGUCCUUGAAGGAAAAUAAGGGAUCUGAAAGAAAGGUCAGAGAUUAAGAGGGAAUUCAUCCCUGGCUAGAGGGUCACAGACUUCUGUGGAUGCGUAGAAAUGGAAGAUGGUUUUCAGAUUUGAGGAGUCCCUACAACUCCAGUAUGGCCUCAAGGUAGAGAACCAUGUGACAUAAAACCAGAAGGGUAGAUGGGAAAUGCACUGUGGAGGGCCAAGGCCAUCUGACCAAAUAGUUUGUAUUUUAUUCUGGGAGAAAUUGGGAAACAUAAUGUUUUUUUUAGCUAGAGAUUGACAUGGUCAGACCCGGGCUAUAGGAAGAUUAUUUGAGAAAAUCUUCUCAAAAGAUGAACUUAAGGUGGUGAUGGCCACCUGAUAUCCUACUGUGACAGGAGGAGGGACACAGGCUGGGGACAUCAUAGUUUGGAGUCAUCACAGUCAAAGGACAUGCAAGAUGACAGGAAAAUAGACUGAGUGAGUCACAUUCAAUUUGGUCCCAUAAAGGCUUUUUAGGUACCUGACAUGCCUAGUGCACUGUGUAGGUGUUGAUGGGAGACCUUCCCUCAUGGAGUUUAUAGUCUAAUAGGGAAAUGAGAAUCACAGAUAACUAUAAUACACAGUAUCAUCUGUUAAGUGCAAAGGCAAGGGACAAAAUAAAAUGCUGUAGCUGGUGUGUGAGUUGAGUCUCAGAAGAUGGUUAGGAAUUCAAUGGAUUUAGUGGGGAAAGGAGAGAAUUUCAGACAUAGAGAAUUACCACAUACAAGAAAUAGAGAGCUAUCAAAAUUGGCUGAAGCUUAGAGUAUGUGGAGGAGAGUAUUAUUGAGAUUAGGAUGGAAAGGUUUGGUGGUACCAGGUGGUGUAGAACUUUGAGUUUAAACUCUACUCGGUGGACAAUAAGACGUGCCCCACCUUCCAGACAGGCACUAGGGUACCUGGCCUAAAGGCUAAGGGUUGGUUAUUAAUGUCUCCUCAGUUGUUGGCUCAUCCUUUUCCCAUAUGGGUAUGCUGGUUUGUGUUACAAAAUUGUGGUCCAUAAUGUUUCCUAAAAUCACAGAAUCCACCAUAUCUUGACAACUUGAGAAGAGAUAGCAUUACCGAAAGGAAUCAAAGAACAGAGAUGGACUGACAUCCAUCUUACUGUUCGGGGCCAAGUCACUGGUGGCUCUCCCUUCAGAAAAACUCGUUAGUUUCCUUCUUGACUCAAGGUGGACUUUUAUUUAACUGGGCAAUAGUACAUAUGGAGGGGCCAGGUAGACCACAGGAUGAUCAAACAUUGGCUCAGAAAUGGAUCCCUCACUGGGAUCAGUCUGGAGUGGGCACUACCUAGGUCUUUAGCUUGGGUUCCCUGAAUGAGAAGGCAAAGUCAAGAAGAGAAGAACUGCACCCCACCAGGAAGUUUGAUUCCCAGAGUGUGGCUGUCCUUCAUUCAAACACAAGGAUCAAGUUAGCCUGUGUUUUACAGAGCUCAUCUUGAACGGUAUCACCCAGCACUUGCCAUAAUUAAUCAAUCAUUCGGGGCCACCUCCUUCCAGUGCAGUCCUUGGUCAAACACACAGAAGGUAUCUGAGUUAUAGAGAAGGGGGCCAGCUUCUUGGCAUAACCACCAGGCAUAGUAGUUGGUGGCAUCCUUGCCCUAUGGCUCCUCAAAGGCCUGUUUCUUUACUUGGAUGAAAUCUAGAUCAUUCAAGGCUGGAUUGAUUGAGAGCUUGAAGAUGGGAUAUGAACCAUUCUCAAGUCUGUUUAAGCAAGAAGCCAUAAGCCCCCGUUUAAUAGAAUGCAUUUCUGAGCCAAAGACAACUGACAUUUAAGACUUAAGUUUCACCAAGGGCUUUUUAUAGAUAAACAAUUUGAUCCUCACAGCCACCAUGGGAAGUAAGUACUUACUCUGAGUAGCAAUAAACCCAUUUAACAGAUGAUGAAACUGAGGCUUAUAGCAGAAUACUAGUAAGGAGAGAGAGAGAGAAAAGAGAGAGGAAGAGACAGAGAGAGAGAAGGAGGGAGGGAGGAAGGGAGAGAGACAGAGAGAAGGGAGAGAGGGAGAGAGAGAGAGAGAGAGAGAGAGAGAGAGAGAGAGAGAGAGAGAGAACACUCAUUUCCUUCUUGACUCCUAUUCUAGCAGCACCAUGUAAGCUCUGAUGUAACAACUUCUUAAGCAGGUGAAAGAUGAUUCAAGCCUGAUAGAUAAGGAUGCAGCAACAAUCCUUGGGGCUGUAGCCCAUCUAUUCUAUCAGAAUCUGGAGUGACUAAUCUAAGAUUCCAGACUUUUGCUGAUAUGUCAGCCUGUGACAACAAGGUCAUUGAGAUGUGUAUUAAAGGGCAUGAUGGUAAACCUCAGUGCUGAGGUUCUGGACACCAGAUGAUGCAUUGUAAAGAUCUGAAGGCACAAUUGGUGAUGGUGAGGUGAGGAUCAUAGUGGAGUUACUCAAACUGGUCAUAUUAUUAACAAUGAAUUUUUCCACCCAUCUUGUAGUUUUAGUUUAGCAAACCCUUUGGCUGCUCAAAGAUAUUCCAAUUGACCAGAGGCUAAACCCAAGGGAUCCUAUUUGUGGAUGUUCAUUUACAGCCUGGUAAUCAUCACAUCACCACAAUUCACCCACUUCCUCUUUUUAUUUUCAAGGAAAAAAGUGCUCUAUCAGACUUCACAGGCAGGUCAGAAAUGAGGCCUUUCCCCAUUGGUACUCAGCCCCUAUGAGGCCACCCUUUUGGGUUCAUUUUAAGAGAUGACAGGUACCUUCCUGGAUACAGGGAAUUUCUAGUCGUUGAACCAGUGUUAAUGUGUUUCUAUAUACUAUAUUUGGGUCAGAACCAGCUUUAAAGAACCCAGUUGGGAAUCCAGUCUACUGCUCCAGAGCUUGGCAGAGCAAGGUAGGAGUAAGUUGUAGGGGCAAACCUUAGAAAUUAUUCAUCUUCUCUUUUUACAUCACCUUCAUUUCUCAAUAUAUCCCUCCUCAUCCCCUAUCCAGAGAGUCAUCCCUUAUAACAAA